UGGAGGUGGCCAGGGGGUCCUGCCCCCACUCAUGCCAUGAGCACAGCCCCAUGGUGGGGCCUGCCCAUGCACCAGUGCCCAGACACACUCCCUGGGGGAGCCCCAGCCCCUCCCGUGCUCCCUGCAGGAGAGGAGGCAGAGAGGCCAAGCCAUUCCUUUACAGGGGAAAGGGGAGGAGAGUUAGUGGGAGGUGUUGGGGGGGGCUGAGGCCUUUGCCCAUAGGGAGAUGGAGAAGGCCGCAGGGUAGAGACAUCUUCAGAGGGUUUAGGCAGCUCCCGUUAAGUAUCCAGCAGCCCCAGCCCCAGAAGUGAGAAAUACGUGGGAACUCAGAGAUCGUUUCCAACUGGCCACAAGGGGACGCCGUUGCCUCCCACUAAUUCAUCUGAGCAUCUUUAACUCCCGCGAGGCCCUUGUGCCAGAGCCUGUGGGCGCCGCCCCCUGAUGUCUGGCUACGUUGGGAUGCGGAUCGGGGGUGGCGUAGAUGCUCUGCCGGGGGCCUGGCCCUGGCUCGUCAGCAUCCAGAUCCCCACCCGAAUGGGCCCCCGGCAUUCAUGUGGUGGGUCCCUCAUCAGCACUCGCUGGGUCCUCACAGCAGCUCACUGCUUCAAAGCCAAGAGAAGGGUCCUGGCUCGGUGGAGGAUUGUGAUUGGCAUCUCAGAGCUCUCCCACCUGUCAGACUUAGUGCAGAUCCGCUCAGUGCACAGGGCCGUGCUGCACCAGGAGUACAAUCCACGCAAGGAGACAAAUGACAUCGCCCUCAUCCAGCUUGACCGCCCUGUGACCUUUGAUGACCUCACACAGCCGGCCUGCCUGCCCAGCGCACUCAUGGCUGUCACCACCUUCUCCCCCUGCUACAUCAGCGGUUGGGGCACCACCACCCAGAACACCGUGCAGACAGCCGACAUCUUGCAGGAGGCCAAGGUGCAGCUCAUUGACAUCACAACAUGCAACAGCAGCCGCUGGUACAAUGGGGCCAUCGCCAGCAACAACCUGUGUGCAGGGUACGAGCAAGGAGGCGUCGACAGCUGCCAGGGGGACAGUGGGGGACCCUUAAUGUGCAAAGAUGAGGUCACAUCCCGGUAUUACGUGAUUGGCAUCACCAGCUGGGGCCAAGACUGUGCUCAGGCCUACAAGCUGGGCCUAUACACCUCUACCCAGCCCUUUCUGGAGUGGAUCCUGGCGAACACUGGGUUCCUGGAGCCCGAGGAGAAGACGACACCUGAGGAGAUACUGCCACCACAGAUCGUGCCCCUCCAGUCUCCUGCUGCUGCCACCAAACUCGCACCUGUCCUUCUCCCUGUCCUGCAAGAGCCAGUUGCCCCACUGGAGCCAUCCUACAUACCUCCAGAGCCACCCUACAUACCCCCUGAGCCUGUCGCCCCCCUGGAGCCACCCUACAUAUCUCCAGAGCCACCCUACAUACCCCCCGAGCCAGUCGUCCCCCUGGAGCCACCCUACAUAUCUCCAGAGCCACCCUACAUACCCCCCGAGCCUGUUGCCCCCCUGGAGCCACCCUACAUAUCUCCAGAGCCACCCUACAUCCCCCCCGAGCCAGUCGUCCCCCUGGAGCCACCUUACAUACCUCCUGAACCACCCUACGAACCCCCAGAGACACCCUACAUCUCCCCAAAGCCAGCCAUUCUCCCAGAACCAGUGAGCCCACACAGACCAUUCCUCACCCACAAAGCCAUUUAUACCCCACAAAUUAAUCUCCCCAAAGCCAGUUAUCCCCGCAGACCAGUAAUUGUUCUGAAACUACUGAUCCCCUCAAAGAUCUACACCCACACCCGUCACAAAGAGAGCAGCCCCUCCCCACCAGCUGUCUCGGCCCUGUCUGCACCCCAGAGGCCUGGAACCGCCUAGGACUUUAAGAAUGACUGAGACAAACUGGGAAGAAGAGUCUUGACUCCACCUCUGGGGGAAUGUAGUGGCUGGAGGGGACCAGCAGUGCCUGUGCCCUGAGGGACAGUGCAUUACAUGUGUUGAAUUUCCCUCUGGCUGCCCUUCUGGUCUGUUUAG